AUGACUCCGCGCAAUGACCGUCGAAUCAUCCUUCACCUCGACUAUGACUGCUUCUAUGCCUCUGUCUUUGAAUUGGAAAACCCAGCCCUCAAAUCAGUGCCACUAGCUGUGCAGCAGAAGCAGAUAGUAGUGACCUGUAACUAUGAGGCCCGUCGGCGCGGCCUGCACAAGCUGCAGCUAAUUAAAGACGCGAAGCUUAUAUGUCCCGACGUGGUGAUAGUCCUCGGCGAGGAUCUGACCAAGUUCCGGGAUGCAUCUAAAGAGCUUUACCUGUUCAUCCGCGGUUUCAUCUGGGGUGGACGCGUCGAGAGACUGGGCUUUGAUGAGCUUUCUCUCGAUGCCACUGAUAUGGUUGAGUUCAACGCUGAACUCUUGAACCAGAAUGACCUUGUUCAUUCGUAUUUCUACUUGGAUCGAAACGAUUUAACUGCUGGCUUUGCCUACGACGCUACCCGGUUUUGUGGCUCUACGUACCUAGAUGUGGAGGAAUUUGUACCACGGGAUUCUUUUUCACUCGAUAUGAAACUGCUUAUUGGCUCACAUUUGAUAGGCCAUUUGCGGAGCCGGUUAGAGAGUGAGAAGGGGUUUACGGCGACUGGCGGAGUAUCUACGUCUAAGUUGUUAGCUAAAUUGGUGGGAAGCGUCCAUAAACCUAAUAACCAGACCACUCUUCUCCCGCCUUAUGUUGCCCACGACGGCACUGAGAGCAGCAAUGUUACCAAGUUUCUGGAUAGCUAUGAGAUCCGUCAAAUACCAGGGAUUGGAUCACGGCUUGCGCAGAAGCUGAGGCUCCGGGUAACAGGGCAUAACUCGGAGGACAGGAAGGUUACAGUGCGUGAUGUCCGCCUAUUUCCCGGUAUGGGUCCGGCAUUGAUGGAGAAAACUCUCGGUGGGCCUGGUUCACCACGAGGGAUCGGCAUGCGAGUGUGGAACAUUCUACAUGGAGUGGACAAUUCGGAGGUGCUUGAAGGGCGAGACUUGCCCACGCAGAUCAGCAUCGAGGACUCGUAUAAACGUGGACAUUUCACCAAUGUCGAGAUUGUACGUCGCGAACUGGUAGUUCUAGCCAGAAGUUUGAUCCGGCGAAUGCGAACCGAUCUACUGGAAAAGAGCGAGGACUCAUCUCCAACAUCUACAUCUACAUCACGCUGGCUGGCUCAUCCACGCACCUUACGACUCUCGACCCGGCCUCGAAACCCACCCGAAACAGAUGGACUACGAACAUACAACGCUAAUAGAAUUUCACGGUCUGAGUCAUUGCCCACGUUCAUUUUCAACGAUGAGAACAUAGAUGCCCUGGCCGAACGGCUUGUGCAGGACCACCUCCUCGGCAUGUUCCGAAAGCUUCACCCUGAUAAGGGCUGGGAUCUCGGACUGAUGAAUGUGGCUGUUACAAAUUUAAUGGAGACGGCGGGCGACCACAAGCAAAGUAGCGGGCGAGACAUUGGCAAGAUGUUUCGACAGCAGGAAACGGUACGGAACUGGAGGGUCCAGGUGGCGCAGCUCCAAGCUCCCCAGCCAAAUGCCGACUUGGCAGAGACAGCAGAUCCUGUACAGAUAUCUGACGUUGAAGAGUGGGAUGAUGGAGAGGAAGACGAUGAAGAUGUGUUGAGUAUUGAAUCGCGAUCUCAAGCAUCCGAAGCUAUUCGCCAAAUCACACCGAUCGAUAAUGCAAAUAUUCGCACUCCAUCACACCAAAUAGACUACCUCUCCCAUUUCGACCUUACUUUCAAUCUACACAGAGACGACACUCGCAUCAAGCUAGAACUAGAGCCGAAUCACGAUAUCUUGGCCGACGAUGCUUACGUGCAGUACAUUGACGCCGACGGAGCUGUCACUCACGGCGAACCUUUUCUCCGACAUGAACACAAAGUCUUCCGGGGUCGCGCGCUGGUCGGCUCUGGCCAGGGGAGAUGGACGCCCGCCGGCUGGGCAAGAGUCAGCGUGAGAAGGGAUGGGGCAGACCCGCUAUUUGAAGGCGCGUUUAGCCUGGGCAACGAAAAACACCACAUCGAGCUGCAGUCUACGUAUUUGGCUAAGAAGCGCCCGAUCGAUAUCGGUAUUGAACGUCGGGAUGACGAUUAUAUGCUGGUCUACCGUGACUCCGACAUGAUUCGCAUGCAUCCCGAUUUGAAGAAGCGGUCGCUGACCAAAGCGUCUGGUUGCGUCGCGGACACUCUCGACUACAAUUCCAACUUGACAAACUCGAUCUUCCCCUUUGGAGUGGAGGUUGAAUCGGCAGACAGUCAAUGGGGCAUCACCCCGUUGAACUCGCUGUUUGGGCUGAGCAAGCGGCAAUCCGAUGUUGGCAGUGUCUCGGGCAAUACGGGCGGAGUGAAUCUGAAAGCCACGAUUGGAGACAGCACAGGAUGUCCCAAGACGAAAAAGGUAGCGUUGAUUGGAGUGGCCACAGAUUGUGAAAUGACCAAUUAUUUCAAAUCCACCAACUCGACUCCCAAGGCUGCGGCAAAGGACUGGGUCAUCAACCUGGUCAACACCGCGUCCAAUCUCUACGAGGAGUCUUUCAAUGUCUCGAUUGGCCUGCGCAAUCUCACCGUCAACGAACCAUCUUGUCCCUCCACUGCCAGCGCAGCUCUCCCAUGGAACAUCGGCUGCAGCGAAGGAAACAUUACAUGGCGUUUGAAUGAGUUCUCGAAAUGGCGUGCCGAUAACAAGGAUAGUAACGCAUACUGGACUCUCAUGACGGGCUGCCCUACCGAUUCUGAGGUUGGUGUUUCCUGGAUGGGACAGCUAUGUACCAACAGCGUCACCAGUGACGGGGAUAGCUCUGUCUCGGGAGCAAAUGUGGUGGUUGGCAACCAGGGAACUGCUUGGCAAAUCUUUGCCCACGAGUCAGGACACACCUUUGGAGCAGUCCAUGAUUGCGAUACCGACACCUGUAACGAGGGGCUCGAUGCCUCGUCCCAGUGCUGCCCUCUAACAUCAUCGACGUGCGAUGCAAACGCCAAAUACAUCAUGAAUCCCUACUCAGAGUCAUCCAUGACCACCUUCUCCGCGUGCACCAUCGGCAACAUCUGCUCCGCCAUCGGUCGCAACAGCAUCAAAUCCACCUGUCUCUCGGACAACCGCGGCGUCGUAACAAUCACAGGCAGCACCUGCGGCAACGGCAUCGUCGAGUCCGGCGAAGACUGCGACUGCGGCGGCGAAGAAGGCUGCGGCGACAACAGCUGUUGCGACGCAACGACGUGCAAGUUCAAGAACAACGCUGUGUGCGACGACUCCAACGACAGCUGCUGUAGUGAAUGCCAAUACUCGUCAUCCACCACCGUAUGUCGUGCCAGUACGGGCGACUGCGAUAUCGCAGAGACAUGCACCGGUACAUCCAGCGCCUGUCCGGAUGACAAGUACAAGGACGACGGAAACUCCUGCGGCUCAUCGUCAGGACUAACCUGCGCCAGCGGCCAGUGCACCAGCCGAGACUAUCAAUGCCGAACCGUGAUGGGCUCAUUACUAAACAGCAACGACACCUGGGCCUGUGACAACACCAACGCGCCCUCAUGCAGUCUAGUGUGCGGCUCCCCGCAAGUAGCGCAGCAGUACGGCACAACAACCUGCAUCGAGCUGAACCAAAACUACCUCGACGGAACCCCCUGUGAAUCAGGAGGCAAAUGCAAUAAUGGACAAUGCGAGGGCUCCUCCGUCGGCGGCUGGGUAAAUCAACACAAGAAGCUCGUCAUCGGCAUCUGCGUCGGUGUAGGAAGUCUCAUCGUGCUUGCCUUGCUCUUCUGUAUCUUCAAUCGGUGUAGAUCAGGUCGCAAGGUGUCUAUGCCAGCUCCUGUUAUGGGUCGUUACGCUCCUGGUCCCGUUUAUACCCAGGGUCCUCAUCCCCCGCCUGGACCUCCGAAUCAGUGGCAUGGCUAUAAUAAUGAAUAUCCACGGCAGCCACCACCACCGUGGUCACCACCCCCGCGGUAUACUUAG